AUGACUCCCACAGGUCAGUCCUCGGCCUGGCAAGGCGACGCGGCCCAGCAACUGAUCGUCUACGGCAACGGCCACUCUGGCGCCCCCGCGCGGGACACCAAGGGCCUCGGCAAGGGCCAAGGCGCCGAUGGAGGGCCCCCCCUUGGCAGGGGCUGCGGCGGCCCAGCCAAGGUCGGGGGCCAGCAGCCUCAUGCCACGGGCGCUGGAGCUACGAGCCCCACGGCGGAGAAGCACGGGACCCUGGCCCCCCUAUGCGACAGGCUCGGCGAAGGGAAGCAGGCAGAAGCUCGUCGUCGCGCUGCCGAGGCCCUCAGGCGCCGACCGAAGGAGGCCACAGAGUCUGUCCAGGUCCGCCUCAACAAAGCCCACUGGAAGAUGCGCGGGGUCAACAGGAAGCCCGAGGCAGCCCAUGAGAAGCACGACUCCUUGCGCUGCCAGCUCGCCGAACAGAAGACUGAGGUGCCGAAGGAUAAGUGCCACACGACUCAGUGCAAGCUCUCUCUCAAGGACAUCAUGGAUCGGAAUCGCCUCGCGAAGGUCUUCAAUACCAGUGCGUGCGAUCUGUUCAAAUGCGACGGCCUCAACCUCAACGAAGAUCACAACGUGGCGAUCGAGUCGCGGGCUCAGCAGCUCAAGAAGGGCCUCUCGCCCAUGGCGGGCGCGUUGUUUGCCGAUGCGAAGCAGAAGAUGGACGAGCUCAGGCAGACGCACGCGGCGCACCUCAAGAGGCCGGCCGCCAAGCGGCACCGCAACGACGACGACGAGGAGGCUGAGACGCAAGCAGGCGGAUGCACUCCGCCAGCUGCCACUCAGCCCAGCGCUGGAGCAGCUGCCACCGAGCGCCCAGCCCCUGCGACCCCCGCGGCAGCUGGGCAUCCUGCGCCCGUUUCGCCCGGCGCAGCAGCGGGGGCCAAGGUCGAGGGCAUGGACGUUCCUCUGCAGCCUGGCGCCUCCGCGGCGGCGCCGACGGGCACCGAGGCCAACGGCGGGGACCCGACCGCGGCUCCGUCAUCAGGCUCCGCCCACGAGCGCGCCGAUCGCAUCGCAGGCGCG